AAAGGAAAUGUAUAGCGAUGACUUAUUACUCUUCUUCUUCUACCGGUCGUCUCCGUCUUUUAACAGGUGGUAAUCGUUCCUCGUAAACGUCAUUUCUCUCGUGUGUGAAGCUCGAAUCUCCUCGUUCGUCCCUCGGAAUCUUGUAUGGAGUUCGAAUUAGGAGAACCGUAGAGGGUGAAUCCUAUUGAUCGAGGGUUCUUUCGGAGGUUUUGGUUCGGUGUAACCGAUGCUGAGGAAGCUGCGGCAUCAAGUGACUUAAGAAGGAACUCGAGAUAAAAAAGAAAAUUGUUAUAUACUAGGGUUUUUUUUUUCUCUACAGGGGUUUGAUCGUGGAGAGCUAGAUGCUGAAGAAAUAAGAAGAGUUGAGGAAAAUUGUGUUAGUUGAUUGAGAAGAUGGUGGAGGGCCCAAAAUUCACUGGAAUUAUAGGCAAUAACCAUAAUGAAAACAAUUAUUAUGAUUUCACAUCAGGGUUUUACCAUAAAAUUGGUGAGGGGUCCAAUAUGUCCAUAGACAGUGUUGGGAGUUUACAGACAACCAACGGAGGGGGAUCUGUCUCCAUGUCUGUAGAUAACAGCAGUGUUGGGUCAAAUGAUUCCCACACUCAUAUUUUGGGUCACCCUGGCUUGCGUCCAGUGAACAUGAAUAACAAUUCUGUAGGCUACAGCGUCCGUCCAGGAAGAGUAUCGCAUGCUUUAAGUGACGAUGCCCUGGCCCAGGCCCUAAUGGACAGCAGAUACCCCACGGAAGGCCUUGAAAAUUAUGAUGAGUGGACAAUUGAUUUGAGGAAGCUUAACAUGGGGACUGCUUUCGCACAGGGGGCUUUUGGGAAACUCUACAAGGGGACUUAUAAUGGUGAAGAUGUUGCGAUCAAGAUAUUGGAAAGGCCAGAGAACAAUGCAGAAAGGGCACAAUUGAUGGAACAACAAUUCCAGCAAGAAGUCAUGAUGCUUGCUACGCUGAAGCACCCAAACAUAGUCCGCUUUAUUGGGGCAUGCCGUAAGCCAAUGGUUUGGUGCAUUGUGACAGAGUAUGCAAAGGGUGGGUCAGUCAGACAGUUCUUGAUGAGGCGGCAUAAUCGAUCAGUACCUUUAAAAUUAGCAGUCAAGCAGGCCUUGGAUGUUGCAAGGGGAAUGGCUUAUGUGCAUGGACUUGGUUUCAUACAUAGGGAUCUAAAGUCCGACAACCUCUUGAUCUUUACAGACAAGUCGAUCAAGAUUGCAGAUUUUGGAGUAGCUCGGAUUGAGGUUCAGACGGAGGGAAUGACACCAGAGACAGGAACAUACCGUUGGAUGGCCCCAGAGAUGAUCCAGCACAGGCCCUACACACAGAAGGUCGAUGUGUACAGCUUCGGAAUUGUCUUGUGGGAACUGAUCACUGGCAUGCUUCCGUUCCAGAAUAUGACAGCUGUACAGGCAGCAUUUGCUGUUGUGAACAAGGGUGUCCGGCCUAUCAUCCCCAAUGAUUGCCUUCCUGUUCUUAGUGAGAUCAUGACCCGCUGCUGGGAUGCCAACCCUGAGGUCCGCCCACCAUUCACCGAAGUGGUUAGGAUGCUUGAGAAUGCUGAGACAGAGAUCAUGAUGACUGUCCGCAAGGCCCGUUUCCGGUGUUGCAUGGUACAACCAAUGACAGCUGACUGAUCCAGCAAGCAAAAGAUACAACAAAGAAAACAGAGGAAAGCAUAAAAAGCAGGUGAUUUUAUCCGAGUCUUGUGUAUCUACUAGUCUUUUCAGAUUUUUUUUUUUUUAUUUAUUUUUAUUUUUUUGUCUAAGAUAGGAAAACAAAAACGAAAUGUUACUAAAGGACUGCCAGCCUCUGGGUUCUGGUAUUUACCGGGCUUUCCUCUGGUAUCUACCAGUUUCUGGUUUCUGGUUUUAUUUUACUGAACUGCUGUUGCUGAAGUAGUAGUAGAGGAGAUUGAUGUGUAUUCUUCCCUUCUUGGUAUAUGCUGGCAUGCCUUCUCUUUUUUGCUUUGCUUAACAGAAGCAGGUUCUUUACUGGAUCUA